UUGAGGUUACUUUUUCCCUUUUUAAAGUUGCGCCUAUUGCCAUUAUUUUUCAUUCAUUUAUUUUAAUUAUGUAAAUAUAACUUAUGAAAUAAUAUAAAGCUUCAAUAAAGUUACCAAAUUUUGGAUACAUUUAUAGCCUUUUGUAUAUAGUUUCUACUAUACAAUGUCUAAAUCAGUAUCAAGAUUAAAAUCAAUGAAGAAAGUAGCCGAUAAAAUUGAUCACUCUUCAAAACUGAGAACUAAUAUUCCAGCAGGUAUGGCAGCUGCUGGUCCACCGUUGGGUCCUAUGCUUGGCCAACGUAAUAUUAACAUAGCUGCAUUUUGUAAAGAUUUUAAUGAACGCACAGCUAACAUAAAGCAAGGGAUACCUUUGCCGACACGAGUAAAAUUGAAUUCUGAUCGUUCUUAUCAACUUAUUAUUCAUCAACCACCAGCAUCAUAUUUUUUAAUGCAAGCUGCAGGAGUGAACCGUGGUGCUAUGGAGCCUGUUAAAGAAACAUGUGGAAAAGUAACACUGAAACAUAUUUAUGAAAUAGCUAAAAUUAAAUCCCAGGACCCAACACUAGAAUGGAGACCAUUAAAGGAAAUCUGCACAAUGUUGGUGGCUACUGCUAGAACUUGUGGUAUAGAAGUUGUUAGGGAAUUAGAUGCCAAGGAAUAUGGUGAAUUUCUAGAUGAAAGAAGGAGAAUUGUGGAAGAACAGAAGAAAAUGCUUCAAGAAAAACGAGAAGCAAAAAUGUUAAGAACUGCUUAGAUUGUUUAUGUUAUCAUUGUAGAUAUUAGUUUAAAAUAUAUAGUUUAAGAAUUAAAUAAA